GCUGAUAUGCCGGCCGUCGCUGGCUCGCUCGCCUCCUACUUCCCCUGACGCGCUUCAUGCGGCUCUCGGCUAUCCGUUGACGGGCUUAAAUAGACAGUCUCCCGGCUUUUGUUUCUGGCUCAUAAGGUACAACGGAAGAGGUCGUGAAGCCGAGUAUGAGAAACUGGCUGAGACGUUGAAAAAAGAAAAGCACCACCAGAGACGCUUCUCUUAACCAAACGAAAAGACCGUCGAUGAUAUAAAGUCCGCCUUUGACGGCAACGCCCGCAGAGAACAAGAAGCAGAAGAUAAAGACGAAGAAGAAGGCUAAUAUCUGCAGCCUUCCUUAUUUAGCUAUCCAUUCUCACGUUCAGCCGUUCCGUCGUCUGUUCUCAGUUUUUAUCACUUUUCCUUGAGCUCGACUCUCAAUUCCGGACUUGCUCUCCCUCUCUUGUCUCACUCGCCUCCCUUGCAAGCAUUUCUUCUUGACAGGCUGGGAUCAUGCCACCAGGAAGGUCAGUCCUGCUGAUCGGAGAUAUUACACACUGCAAAAAGGAGUGGCAGGAUUUUUCGCAGCUGGCAACUCUCAAGGAGUUUCCAACCGGAUCUAGACAGGAGUUCCUGGCCAACUGCAAAAGUGGCAGAUAUGAUGAUGUGAUAGCCAUCUAUCGGUCCAACGUGUCGACAGCUAUAACUGGGCCAUUUGAUGCAGAGCUUGUCAAGGCUCUGCCCAACUCAUUAGCAUAUAUCUGCCACAAUGGUGCUGGAUAUGACAAUAUUGAUACCACAGCCUGCUCGGAGAGAGGAAUCCGCGUCUCAAGCACACCAAUUGCCGUCAACAAUGCUACCGCAGAUAUCACAAUGUUUUUGAUGCUUGGCGCUCUGAGACAGGCAUAUGUUCCGAUAUCCGCCAUCCGGGCCGGUCAAUGGCAGGGGAAGACCAAAUUAGGCCAUGAUCCCCAGAUGAAGGUGCUUGGUAUCUUGGGGAUGGGCGGCAUUGGCAGGGAAGUAUCACGCCGAGCCAAAGUAUUUGGCAUGAGGGUUAUCUACCAUAACCGAAAUCGCCUUUCUCCAGCCCUGGAAGAAGGAGCAUGUUACGUCUCCUUCGAUCAGCUACUGGCCCAGUCUGACGUACUCAGCCUCAAUCUCUCGCUCAAUGCAACCACCCGUCACAUCAUCUCCCAUCGAGAGUUCGCAAAAAUGAAGGAUGGCGCCGUGAUAGUGAACACUGCGCGAGGGGCGCUGAUUGACGAAAAAGCGCUCGUCUCCGCUUUGAAAUCUGGAAAGGUGAGUUCGGCUGGGCUCGACGUAUACGAGAACGAGCCGUGCAUCGAACCAGAGCUGCUCGAUAACCCCAAGGUGAUGCUGCUCCCUCACAUCGGAACCGCAACAUACGAGACCCAGAAGGAAAUGGAACUGCUGGUCCUCGAAAAUCUGCGAUCGUGUCUCCAAUCGGGGAAAUUGAUCACGCCUAUUCCGGAGCAGCGAGAUGCAUGGAAGAGCCAGGCCGGCACCGGCAUCAGCAAUUGCAAUGGCAACAACAACGGCACAAAUGGACGACCGAAUAAUGGACGCAACGGUCACAACGGACACGUAUUCCAUGGGCACAUCUAG